UAAACAGUUUUCAAAGUUCUCGAGGCGGUCGGCGUGGACGGUCACACGGACCGGGUGCGCUUGUUUGUUCGCUUCAUCGGACAGUGGUCCAAACAGUGAUUGAAGCCGGUGAUCCAUCUGUAUAAUGUCGAUCGAAAAUACACACGUCGAGUGAGGGCCGUGGCACGUGCUGACUUUUUCCGUCUUUGUUAUCUUUUCGUCGCAAAGAAGUGACUUCGAUGUUGUCUGCCAGUUUCCCGCGCGACGCACGUGAGCAUGCCGAGUGGGGAGCGUGGUGAAACUUUCGGUUUGUCGUGCGCAACGAAUCUAUGAAACGUCAAAACUAAUAUGCUACUUGACAGUCUGAAGAAUUGAGAGAAAAAUGAAUUCGAUGGAGAGCAUAAACAUCAGCGAGUCGAUCCACUCGAGCACCUCGCAUGACAGCGUCGACAGCGGCUACCUGACGCUGACUCCUCACUCGUUCACUCCUGUGAUCUCGGGAUGCAGGUCCAGGGCGUCUUGUAUCUCCUCCAAAAGACACCACAGGUCAAGGGUCGAUCCUCUGCAAUCCGAACGCGCCCAGAGGUAUAAGCAUAAAUUAAUCCAAGCUUCGGAGAAUUCGAGUAGAGAUAGUUUGCUGGACCAAUCGAGUUUGUACGACAAUUAUGAAUCGAUGGACGAUAGUACAGGAUGCAAACGUGGGGCAUGGAGAACCACGGUGCCUAUAACGCCUGCCACGAGGCUGCAUCUUCUAUCACCUCCUCCUUCGCCCGCUGUCCCCUCUUCCUCGUUUGUGGCAUGCGAGCCCAUUGAGGAGGAUGUGGAGAUGAAGCUAGUCGUUGUGUCUCAGAGUACUCCUCAUGCACCUAGACUUAAAACACCACCCCCUGCGCCAAGGAUCAUUUUAUCUCCAAGCUAUAGAACAACCAGUCCUACCUCCGCUGACAAUAAUAAGCUCAGCCAGCUUUCCAUCGUAGAUAUCAAGCCCAAACGACUCGACUUCUCUCAGAAUGUCUUGUUGCAACGUGCCAGGGCAACUCCAGAUUACACCGGGAGAAAAACAGUAGAUAUGUUAGCACUUUUAGGGGAUAAGAGUAACCAUUGGAGGACAGUAUCAAAGAUCCUUUCGUAUCUUGGGCCUCAGGAUCUUUGCUCGAUUAGUAUGGUGUCCAAGACCUGGAGAAGAAUUUGUGUCAGCGAUUUCAAGGCUAACUCCAGAAGACUGACUCAUAUUAUGCUCAGGCAAAAUGCGAAGGAAAAUUUGAAAAUCAUAAAGAAGGACAAGAUGGAGCGGGAUCUUCUGGCCAGUCCGAAGAGUAGGUAUGCGAAGAAGGGAUGUUUAUUGGAGGUCCAAAACCUGUUGAGGGUGCCGAACAACCGACAACCACCUAGCAGUCCCCCAGUUUCACCCAGUAAAGUGAAGUUCCAUUCGUUUGUCAAGGCUAGUCGCACGUUGGAGCCCUGGGAGCACCUGUUGCCCUGUCCAAAGUGUUCAUUCCCUUGUCACGUAAACGACGAGAAGAACGUGGGAACGUGUUCGAGGCAAGGCUGCUUGAUGGAAUUUUGCACCUCCUGCUCAUCAAGGCCGCACACUGGCCCCUGCAGAACACCCUUGCUAGCCACACCAACCAAGAGGAGCAAACGCCUGAUAGUCGGCUCUAGGCAGAGCAAACGGAAUCUCAGAAGAUUAUGAACUCUGGAGCACCUCAAUUCUUCAACAUAUUGUAUUAUAAAUGCGUUCUUUAGAUUCCUUUUAAGAUUCUCCUCUUUCUCAAGGUCGAACGUUCGCCAAACUUCUGCCUCCAAAUAGUUUAGGACCGAAACGAAUGUUAAUUUGAAAGUCGUCAGUAUAGGGUUAUUAAGGAUUAUUAAAUCUCUCAGGGCUUUUUUCAAACUGACAAUGUUCGAUUGCUGGUGAAAACAUUCAAUGAUUUUAGCUGGAGUGUGAACCUCGCAAUCUAAACUUGCCCCACACCUUACAUUUAUUGUGGCAAUAGUACUUGAAAAGCAAGAAAUCACUGUAGAAUCUGUGCCAAGUCGGGCCAUGAAUUAAAAUUCGUUUCAACCCCAAAAUGCUUGUUGAUGCUGAACGUGGUAACUUGUGUGGAAGAUAGAAGCAUCUUAUAGAGUUGAAGCUACCUGGUAACCAUCUAGUUACAUUCUAUAAUUUAUCUGACCAUCCUUGAAGCAUUAUUAAUUAGCCACGAGUAUAGCAGCUGGUUUAUGGAACAUUUCCGAGGCAUCCUCUCACUCUUCACUUCGUAAAUUCAUGCAGGCGCAAAUUAAACGAGCAUUUUAGCAGCCCUAAAAUUUUUGGAGGACAGAAGGCCCAGCGAGUAUAGAUUAGCAGCGCGAAUGAGACGCGAGGGGGAAAGGGAGCCACCGGGGCCCCGUAAAAGCGGGCUCGUAAAACCUUAAGGGGUACGACCACUUUUUACUAGCUUGAAACCGGCGUGCAUUGCCAGCUAAUGAAGCCGGUACAGCAAGAGAAACUCUGUGUAGUGAAUUACAGAUUUAGCAGCCGAAACAUGCCAUAUGUAUUUAUCCAAAUUAUUUAGAGCCGACUCUUAAUUGCAAAAUUACUCCUUCUAAAUAUUAACAAAUAAGACGAUGGGAAGAGCCAAACAUUUAGAACUCAGAAAAAUUCUGUUAAUUGUAGUUGGAAUUUUUGUAGUUUCUUUGCACUCUCCAUGUGUAGUCUAUUCAUACCAGCGAAGUCACAGAAUCAUGCUAAUAGGAGGCUGACGAGGGUAAAUAAAUGGCUCUGCUAUUUUUGCAACAUAUAAAUCACUGUACAAUCCGAGGAAACGCAUAACUUGUAUCGUCGUUUUAAAUUAUCGAUUAGUUGUGUUGAUUUAAUAUUAACAAGAAUUUGUAUUUUUUAACUAUACUGUUCAAAAUAUUUAUCAAGACUAAUAGAGUGCAAAUGUUUAUACAUUUAUGGGACUCGUGGUGGCCCAAUAAAUUCAACACUAAUUGAUCAGUCCAGCUAGACAUCAAUGUUGAUUGAAUUUAAAAAAUUCUAAAUGCAUAAACACGUUGCUAGUAAUUAUUUAUUAAUAGUCUUCUGAAUCUUUUCUGACUAUUUUGAACAUUAUAUAUAAAUUAAAAAAAAUGAAAUUUUAUCUUUGACAAAUUUCCAUUUUAACGGUUGAUUCAAGUUGCAAAAUGUGAAUCAAAGAAUUUUUUAAAUUUUAGUUUCAUCGUAUUCAUGCUCUCUCUCUCUCUCUCUUCUCAAGAACAAUAUUUAACGUGCGUAGGCGUUUCAUAGUUGCAAAAAGUAUAAAAGCGAACGAAAACCGUGAGAAAGAAAUGUAAAAAGUAAAUAAGAUUGUAGCGCGUGCGAAAAAGGAUCGGUUGAACCGGUUGUACGUAUUGCUCCUAGUCUCACGAAGCACGAGAUCAAAAGAGAAUUGCCAUGACUCAUAAGAGGGUCGCUCAAAAAGUAUUAAUCGAAGUAUGCGUAUAUAAAUAAUUGUUAAGAAUAAAAUAAGCAAUGCACAGUGCCAGAAACUCGAGAAUGAAAAAGAACAGUAUCUGGAAACUAUGGGAGCACUGUAAUGACAAUAACUACGAAAAGAAAAUUUUAUAUUGGAACUAAUCUCAUAAUUUUUUAAAUUUCUAUUUUUAUAUCUCGAUGACGCAAGUAUUGGUAUCCCGAAAGUUAUAUUUUUUAUAUCAACCGAACGAGUGUAGCCUGCUGAAAAAUUAAUUGUUUUUGUUGCUAUAGUGCUCCAGUUUUCAAGUCUUUGAACCGAUACGAGGAAAAGCUACACUUUUGUGCCAUUAUGUAAUGUACGCCAUAAGAAUUGCCAUAAGGUAUUUCGCGUUAAUGUUUAGGCAAAGGGAAAGGGAUAAUCACGGUUCUCCCUUUCGCCAUAUUUUAUUUUUUACAAUGUUUUUAGUGUGUAGUACGUCAUUUGAAUUACUUGUAUGAUCGUUAGAAUGCGUUGGUAACGUGUCAGAUUUCGUUUAGUGUUGAUUCGUAUUAUUUGAAUGUUAUUUUUGUACCGGUGUAUGCUGGAUCGCAAAAGACUGCAUGUAAAUAACCAGUGCAUAGUAAUAUAUUUUUGUCUGUAGGGAAUAUCGUGGUCAAUACUCGCCUCUGAAUUGUAAUUAAAAUCGGAUCUUAUAUUUAAUAUUGAAAUGGAAUUUUAAUUAAGUUAAUUUUGAAUGCUUAAUAUAUACACUAAAAGAGAAAGUAAACUUUUUAAUAUAAAAUAUAAUAAAUGUCGAAGUGUAAAAUCGAAAUUGAAAAGUAACAUAACACUUAAUAGAAAAAUAAAAAAGAUUUCAUGUAUUAGCCACAAGGUUGGCAUUUUAUAAAGAGGCAAGGAAGGUUCAGAACUUUAUUAACAACGCGUUUCUCUAAGCGAAAAUCCAAAUGUUUUUUACGAAAUGCGUCCCGUUUUAUUUUCGCACUUUUGGUCAGUACCUUAAUUUUAUCUAGUAAGAUGCUCUCUAUUUACUGCAUUGUUGUUUACAAUUUAUGCCAUCAGUAUGUGCCUUGGGUUUGCACAAAAUUCAUUGGUCCAAAAAACUGUUAAAUAAUGAUGAAAAUACGAUUUCUCAUUUUCGCAAAUAGUUGCACUUAAUAUUAAUUCGUGGUAAAUUUGACACGCACAAUUGUUGACAUAAAAAUAUAAAGAACAGCAUAAUUUUUGUCAAUGGAACAGCAAAUCUCUAUUUUAUUAUCACUAGACCGUAGUUUUUUAUGCAACUAUUUUUUAAACAAAGUAGAAAAAUAGUAAACUUUAAACAAAUUACAUUACAUCAAAUCUCCUAUUGCAUUAGCAAAUGGAAAUUUUUAAUAAAAAUCUGCAGUUUAAUUAGCGUAGCCAGCAUGACAAUACCUUCGCGAUUUAAUUACUUAAUUCUCAAUAGUAGAAUAACAAAACAAUCGUCUCAGAACCGCGUGGGUGCUUCUAAGCAUCUGUAGCAUUUCUGUGAUAUGGGACAAUAUCAUUCCAGUGCGUUAGUUUUUUAAUUAAAUAUUCAUUAAGUAGUAACGUUAUUAUGCUCAAAGAUUGGAAAGAUUGUUUUGUAUAUAUGGCUAACAUUUAAAUUUCAAAAUUAUUUUCUACUCGUGAUGUUCAGUGCCUUGAUAAGAAAAAAGACGCCAAAAUGUAUUGUGAAAAAGCUGCAUUGUUUUCGAGUGCUAAAAAAAGAUAAUAUUAACGAAAGCAAUUUCAGCCUUUUGAUAAAUACAUAUUUUUAUUACUUAAAACGCGAUGGUGCCUCUUGUAAUUAAAUUAGCGCAAUAGAGAAAGUUAUUUGUCCACCAUAUAUCAUUUAUGUGGAGGAUAAUGUACCUUACAGAAAAUACCAUAGAGUCCUACGGUUUUCGAUUUUUUCGGGGAUCGAUGGAAAAUUUACAAUUAAAAUAAAGUUGAUAAUGGCUGGAAAAAUAAAAUCCAUUACAUCAUAAAAAACAGUCAUAAUGAAAGUCACCAUUUUAAUUAUCUUUGAAAAGACCACAAAAUAUCUUUAUUCUUUACCAAUAUAACAUAUGUGCAAAUAUGAUGUGAAUUGCGGCA